AUGUCAUCAGCAUCAGCAUCAGCAUCACAGGAUGCGGCCAAAGGCCCCUUUGACCUCCUCUUGCUAAUGGACGCCACCUCGUCCAUGAGCACCUUUAUUGAUGCCCUCAACAAGUCUCUCCCAGAAGUCAUCAGCAUAUCGGCACUGACGGGAUGCUUCGAGAGAAUAGGAGUCCUCGCCUACCGCGACUACUGUGACGGUAACGACAAGCUUACCGCGUGGUCGGGCUGGUGCUCGCCCGCGGGAAAGGUCCAGGGAGAAGAUGUUGUAUCACAGGAAGCUGUACUGGAAAUGGCUCGCAAGAUGAUCCCCUACGGCGGCGGUGAUUGGCCAGAGGCUGCAAAGACAGGUCUCGCAAAGGCACACAGCGUCAUGAGACCAGAGGCAACGACAAUCAUCUUGCUGUAUGCGGAUGCUCCUCCUCAUUUCAAGGAGAUAUCUGACAGGGACAACUUUUCCAUGGAGCGCACGGCACUUGCAAACUCCAAGCUGUGGGGGGACGAUGGAAAGUUAUUCAUAGACUGGACAUCAGCAGCCAAGACACUUCGGUCCGGACCCAAGAAGGCUGUGGUGUUUAGCAUGAUCCAGCAGAUUAGCGUCAACGCGCUCUCGCCCUACCUAUAUCUAUCUACAGUCACCGGGGGCCAUUUGUUCGAGAUUGAGCACAUGGUGUCUGACAAAAUCUCCCAGUUGACUAUUGGCGUCUUGCUUACAUGGAUGAGACUUGGAAAGGCAGUCGCCGACUCGAAAACGCAGCUUGGGUACUUGACAAAGUACAAGUCGACCACGGAUAUCCUAACAGCCAACAAUGAGGAGGAUAAGCUCAUGGAGAAGUACGUUGCCAAGGGCAAUUACGGACGAACCCCAGCUAUACGCAUAUGCAGCGACAAUGUUGAAACCCAGCCUGUCACCCUUGGUGUCGUGCCGGGCCUCAUCAAGACCCGCGGCCCCAAGGUCGAGAGCUUCGCCGAAAGGUACACCAACGAUGACAAAUACAAGGAAAUGGCCAUUCGGCAGCUCAGAACCAUCAUUGAGAGCAACGUGUCGGCCAUUUCGUUGAAUCCCAUAUUUGGAAGUCUGUGGCGGGUUGUCUGUAAUGACCGGCUCAACCCUGCGCGGGAUGAGCUUAUUCCACUCUUUGGCCUUCACGUGGACAGGAUCUCGGACGCUGAUGAAAAGGCACGAAUGAAGGCGUGGCUUGCUGAGUCGUACAACUACGCUGAUGAGAUCAACGCACUCAUCGAGGCCGUGGCCCCUGAAGAUCGCUUCCCGAUGCUAUUCCUAGAUCCCACAGCAGACUUUGGGAUUGUGGAGGAUGCUGAGGGCGAGAAGCGGCGAUUGCAGGACUUUACUCGAUCCGAAUUGCUUGAGAUUGGAAGAUCGUGUGACUACAAAAUCCUUCGACGCCUGGGCAAGGUCUUGACCCGCCUGACAUUUGUUGGUGCCAAAGAUGAGCUGCCCCAUCACAUCCAGACCAUGGAUCCCAAGAGCGCCGUGCCCUGCGUGCCUCUCGCCCUGGCAAAGGCGGAACACAACCGGGAUUUCUGGAAAAUCCUCUUGCAUGCCGUCCUCCCGGGAACAAAGCUGGGGGCCCGUCCCGCCUGCUUGUUGGCUGCGCUCGCCCUUCGCAUGGGCAUCGUUCCCCUGCGAGAGGCGGCAGACAGAGAGUUGCUGGCAUUCAGUGGAAACUGGAAUACGCUGGAUAUCCCUGAAACGUGGAACUUGGGCUGCCUCAACCUCUUGCUAGAUGCUGAUAACGACUACGAGAAGAGGGUUGCCGAGGGCGUGACUACACGCCCUUCCGACGAGGCGAGAGUACUCUCCGUCAAGGAUCGAGAUACAUUCAGGGCACUCGUGAAUUACAAGAUGCUGGAGCUGAAUCUCGACACCGUCCUUGAGGCGCAGAUUACCUGGACUCCGGAAAAGACAAAGGUAGCCCUAGGCCCUCUGGUCGUAUGCAAAAAGUGCCAGUUUCCGCGAUCCGUCACCAUCAUGGCCCAUGGAGGCGUAUGCGGCAUGUGUGAUAUUGAGGGCAAUGACUGCUCAUGUUCAGCAUGCAGCACUGUACCAGAACACGGGGAACGCCUCAAGACCAACGUCUCGGCUGAUCAGACAGAAUCAUCGGAGGCGUACUGGGUCGAAUGCGGACAAACUUCCUGCAGAGCUCAGUAUGUAGUCUACAAUCCAAACGAUCUUCGGGUGCGCCCCAAGUGCUUCUUUUGUCGACACACCAACGGAAUCUCCAAGAAUGCCAAGGACAGUUACCGGAGAGAUGUGGGAAAGGCGCCCACAGUCGAAUGUUCCACGUGCCUGGGUCGAAUUAUCUGGCCAGAAGAGUACCGGCCUGAUGACCUCGACCUAUCCAAGUAUCAGUGUCCCGCGUGCAAUGCCGGCAAAAAGACGAUUGUCGGGGAAGAGACCACGGCACGGAAGCUGAGCAGCGAGAACAACUGGGAUUGGCUUCUGAAGAACGAGGACAAGACGAUCAAGCAGCCCUUCAACGGCAGGACGGUCUUUUACACGGCCUCGAACAGCAAUCUCGCCGAUAUAGACACCAAGGUGGAGAUUCUCCCUGCUUCUGACGAGAGCAGCUUCACCAUCCGAGGGAAACUCGUGCGCAACCCUGAUGAGCUCAGGGCGUCUCUGCUGCACUGGGUCCGCUCUCGGCGAACCGAGUCUGCUACGUGCAGCUUGUGUUUCUCGAGCAUUCGGAAGAACGACGCUCUCCCUGCGUGCGGGCGUUCCGGCUGCCAUCAGGUCAUCUGCAGCAACUGUCGCGACAGCUGGUACGGCAUCAACGCCCCAGGCCGCAUCCUCAACAUUCCCGCGCUCAACUGCCCCUUUUGCCGCCGCCGGCCAGCUCCCAAGGCCAUCAGCAAGUUCCGCCUGCACCAGGUCGGCCAGCUCCGCGCCGCGCUUGAAGAGAGCGGCUCUUGGAUCUACGCGUGGUGCAAGGAAUGCGGCUUCGCGAGGAAGUACGUCGAGCGGGUUUGUGCGGCGGGGGCGCCGGCUGAAGUGGCCGACUGGAUAUGUGAAGAGUGCACGCCGUAUUUGGUAGGGGGGGAGAAGCACAUUCGAAAGUGUCCUGGGUGUGGAGUGGCGACGGAGAAGACGUAUGGGUGUGAUCAUAUUACUUGUCCUUGUGGAACGCAUUGGUGCUAUGCGUGUGGGAAGAAGAGCGAUGAGGAGAGGAUUUAUGAGCAUAUGGAGGAGGAGCAUGGGGGGUUAUACUGGGGAGAGGAUUGA